UGAAAAUGAGGGUUUUUGUAAUUUCUUAAAGCAGGAAAGCUACUGUUCGGAAGUUCAAAAUCACGCUUGUAAAAGGAAACUCAACAGUGACCUGAGACAACCCACCCUCUCUGCACAAUGUGGACUUUUCUGGGCAUCGCCUCUUUCAUCUACGUCUAUAAAAAAUGUGGAGAUCUCUUGAGUUAUGCCAACAAGGAGGUGCUGAUCUCCAUGGUGGUGUUCUUCUCUCUUGGUUUGCUGCUUUCCCAUCGGUACCGGUCAUGGGGGCUCAAACGACAGAAGCACAGGCAACCUCAUUGCGGAAUGCUCUCCAAUUUCCUUGCUUCUGUGCCACUCAUUGGUUUUUUCUGGACUAAAUCCCGUACUGGUUCUCCAGAGGUAUUACAGCCUAAAUCCAGAAAGGGCAGAAGGGGCAUCAAUAUCUCACCUGAGACCUCGAAUGAGUCUGCUUCAGCUUCAGCACUCGGUCCUCAGCACGAUCCAGAAGUUAUCAUUGUGGGCUCCGGUGUACUUGGCUCUGCAUUGGCAGCAGUGCUGGCAAGGGAUGGAAGGAAAGUGACAGUAAUCGAGAGAGAUUUGAAAGAACCUGACAGGAUAGUUGGAGAAUUCUUACAACCUGGGGGGUACAAUGCUCUGAAAGACCUGGGCCUUGGAGAUGCAGUGGAAGGGAUCGAUAGUCACACAAUUAAUGGCUAUAUAGUUCAUGACUUAGAAAGCAAAUCAGAGGUUGAAAUUCCUUACCCUGCCAUGGCAGAUGGCCAAAUACAGAGCGGAAAAGCAUUCCAUCAUGGCCGUUUCAUCAUGGGCCUCCGAAAGGCAGCCAUGGCAGAACCCAAUACAAAAUUCAUUGAAGGGACAGUGGUGCAGUUGCUUGAAGAAGAUGAGUGUGUAGUCGGAAUUUUGUACAAAGAUAAAGAAACCGGUGAUACAAAGGAGCUCCAUGCACCCCUUACAGUUGUUGCUGAUGGUCUCUUUUCCAAGUUUAGGAAACAUCUCACCUCCAACAAAGUUAGAGUCCCAUCUCAUUUUGUAGGAUGCCUUUUGAAGAAUUCACCUCAGUUUAAAGCCAACCAUGCUGAACUCGUUUUGGGGAAUCCUUGUCCAGUACUUACCUAUCAGAUUUCUUCCAACGAAACCCGAGUCCUUGUUGACAUUCGAGGUGAAAUGCCAAAGAAUCUUAAAGAAUACAUGGUUGAAAAGGUUUAUCCACAGCUACCAGAGCAUUUACAGGAGCCUUUCCUAAUAGCUGUACAGAAUGAUCGUUUGAGGGCCAUGCCGGCAAGCUUCUUGCCUCCUUCCCCUGUUAACAAAUCAGGAGUCCUUCUCCUGGGAGACGCUUACAACAUGAGGCACCCGCUGACAGGCGGAGGAAUGAGUGUUGCUCUGAAUGACAUCAAGCUAUGGAAGUGUCUUUUGCAGACCAUUCCUGACUUGUAUGAGGAUUCUGCUCUUCUGCAGGCAAAAAAGUCAUUUUACUGGACAAGAAGGAAGUCCCACUCCUUUGUUGUGAAUGUUCUUGCUCAAGCUCUGUACGAAUUAUUUUCUGCCUCAGACGAUUCUUUGCAUCAGUUAAGGAAAGCCUGCUUUCUUUACUUCAAGCUUGGCGGCAAGUGUGUAUCUGGUCCGGUUGGAUUACUUUCUGUAUUAUCACCCAAGCCUGGUACCUUGAUUGGCCACUUCUUUGCUGUUGCAUUCUAUGCUGUUUAUUUCUGCUUCAAGUCGGAAUCAUGGAUCACGAAGCCGCGGGCAAUUUUCAGCAGCAUUGCCGUACUCUACCGGGCUUGCUCCGUCAUAUUUCCACUCAUAUACUCUGAAGUAGAGUACCUCAUCUAUUAAAUUCAUAGAGACAACUCUGCAGCACGUGGAAGAACGUAGACUCCUCACCUACCCUGCCUUGUGGAUAUGGGAUGGGUUCUGUCCUGUCUCUCUUGUUCUUUUAAAACAUUUUUUUUAAAGGACCUUAUUUUAUUUUGUGAUCUUUUUGAUGUAUAUUUUUCUUUAUAUAGAGGCAGCCUGAUGUUUACACAUGGUUGGUAUGAAAUCUUCCUACAUUGGUGAUUCCAGGUGUAUGGACACAUGUAAUCCUGCCGAACAAGGAGGUGGACAUCUGUGUAAAGAGCAUCCUAAUCCAAGGGAGUGAGAGGGUGUUACUGCCGCUCUUUCUGUAAAUAAAUCCACAGAACAAGAGUGCAAGUAACAAUCUCAGAUCUGGUAGUUGUCAAGCUUGUCCCGUUGCCUCUUACCUCUGGGUCUGCGGCUAAACGUUACACAAAACUCCGUAGUGUGAGAAACCCUGACAGAACAGGAGACAAGAUGUCCAUGGAUUGUUGACCCAGCUGUCACUGAGGUGGAAAACCUGUUUCUGGGCUGUACUGCUUGAGGCUGAAGGUGGGAAUUCUCAUAGCUUGAAUGUUCUUCCAUACCACCACCCCCCCAACCUGCAUAUAGAAAACUAGCUUGUCAGG